AUGAACUAUCUCAAUAUAUUUCUUAUAAUAAUUUCACUUCUGUUUGCCUUUGGUCUUGCAUACUUUUUUGCCCAUAUUUUUAAUGAAAUACUAUUACUUCACCAAAAUCAAAAUCAAAAUCAAAAAGAGAUCAAUUUAAUUUAUAAAUCUAUGAAAGUUUUUCUUUUAUGUAUAAGAGAACACAUCAAAGAUAGCAAAAAAAUCGAUUUUAUUUAUAAAUAUAUAGGAGACUUUAUGGAAUACUCCAAUGAAAAGGAAAACCCAAGCGAGACUGCAGAUGUAGAUAAUUCUGAUCUCUUACAAAUUCAUACCCCACAAAAACCAAAUCCAUCAAUUUCAACAAAUUAA